AUAAAUACGGCCUAUGGAGGAUCCGAAAUCGCGAUCUUAAGCAGACCUAUCUUUAAGCGUUAAAUCAAUGUGAAAUAACGCACAAUACCGAAUAGUCGAUGGUGUCUUAUAUACGCGGUUUCUCUGUGCAAAUAAAUACCCAAUACCGUGUUAAAACAUUCUGAUAUUUAUUUGUCAGAAAAAAACAGGAGUUAAACAGCACAUAAAAGAACACUGUUUUAUUUUCGUUUGAUAAGUGCAAACAGUGUUCAAGUAAUGCCAGGCGAAAACAGCGGCAGAAAGAGCAGAUCUUUCGCCACACAGACGGCAAGUGCGCGGCCACCUCUCUCCGCACGUGAAAAGGGGGUUCAAGUGAACAUUUUUCCCGCGCAUCCAUUCCCAAACACCACAGAAAAAGCAUCCGUGACGUUUGCUAAACAGAAACAGAACAUGUUUCCUCGGUUCCAACCCGCGAGUAAACAAGUGUAUCUUUUUAUUCGAGCGAAAAAAGAGUACACCCAGCGACUCAUAAACGCCUUCGUAAAGGAAAAGAAAAUCCGGGAAAACUACAAAGGAGAGCUUCUUGGCAUUGCCGAACAGAUUAUACGAUGCGAGGGCGAUUAUUACCGGGGGUUACCGGAGCAGGUUUUCAUCGUGAUCCGGUUCGAUGACCAGGCAAGCGCAGAACGAUGGACACGCUCUACUGGUGUUUUCAAGCAGAAAGAUCUGGAUGACAGCGAGAUUUUCAUACUGCCACUCAACUAUUUACCCGAUGAAGAUCUGCGGGCGUUCCAGUUGACCGAGCUGCACGGGUUAAUGGUGGAUCCCGCGGUGUUCAAACAAGAAUACGUAGAUCCGGUCGCCAAGCUCAUGAACGCCCACCGGAUAUACCAUGGCGUGGCCGCCACUCACUCGAUUACACGUGUACGCAACUGUAUGCUUCGACCGGAUACGUACGUGCUUGUUAACAGCGCAGAAUCGGAACAGAAACUUAUGAAAGACUUCUAUGAAUCAGCGGACUAUCAGCCAUUACGUCACAAGCUACAACGAUUGGUUGCGGAUAAUGACACGUGCUUUUUCAAAUUGGUUCCCCUCAAUGAAGCCGGGAAACACUGCCAAGUGGAUCCUUCCCAGUUGCCCUACCUCUCAUAGUGACCAUGUUCUUAAUUCGUUACUUCUCGGGAACAGAUUUCGUUCAUUUCCGCUAUCGAACUUUUGAAAGAAAAUGUCCGGAGUGUCCCGAAUUAAUGAGACAAGAGGAAAAUUAAACUGUUACUUUGGAGAUGAUCGACUGUGAUUCUAAAGUUCUGAAUUUAUAAACAUAUAUAUUCAGAAUUACUUUAAUUGAUACAUAGGUGUCUUGAGGAUGUAGUUUGGAGUAGAUUUUCUUCCUUUAUGAAGAUGAAUGCAAAAUGAAGUUAAGAACAUUUAAUGGUUCAUCAGUUCCGAUGUUGCAUUCACGUCAAUAUUAGGUGACAAAGUCCAUUAUUUUAUUAAAAUGCAAAGAAACAGUAAAAAUACUUGAAGAUCUUAACGAAAGAAAGACUUAUUCUAACUACGUCAAGUAAUAAAACAUAACUCAAAUCGCAGUAUUAUGCCGGGUUUGAAGACUCUUAAAUAGUUAACUGGUUGUCAGUUUCCGGCACAGUUAAUCGUAGCAGAAUUCCUAACAACUGUCAUAAUGUCUUAAUUCAUUCAUGUAUCUUUGUUGUUAAAACCAUGAUAAUGUCAUUGCAUAAUUUACAACUUCUUCAGUUACGGCCACCUUUUUAUGUUAUAUUUGCAUUUAUUUUAUUCAGGUUUUGUAUAUUUAUUGUUGUUUACGUCACUAGGAUCAGAGUUGGCGAGCUACGCGGAUUUUAUUUUUUUCACAUGGAUUUUUAUUGCUUCAGUCUAAUGAUAAAUUGUCAUAAAACCACUGAUAAGCCAUGCAGAUUUAAAUUGCUCGGUCAAGUGCAGUGUUUUUUUUCUUAUUUGUAUUUUGAUGUUCUCUUUUACUAUUAACUAUUUAUGGUAUUUCAAUAUUAAGUAUUACGGUCGAAUCAAAUUUUGUGCUUUUGUGAAGUUAAUGUAUUUCUGUAUUCUUUAGUUUGUACAUUAUUAGUGUUACAAAAUCAGAGUAUUAAAAACAUGUCCGUCCAAUAAACACAGUAUAACAGUGUUUAAAUGUGAUAUUUCUAUCAGUGUUUAUAUAUCGACUUUUGUUGAUGAUGUCUUUUUUUCUCUCAUAAUAUAUUUGUCAUUAAAAUAGAAUAAAUAAAUUUCUGUUAAAA